UUUCUUUCCAUUCAUGUAUCAAACAGGUCGAUUUACAUCAAAUCUGCUGCGGCUUCUUGAUGUCUGAAUCCAUGAGCUGGAUAAUGAUUCUUCUUUUAAUACAUCUGACCUCAGCGCUCCAGUCACCAGUGUUUCUGGACAGGCGUGAUGCUGUGCGUCUGCUCAGGACUCGAAGAGCAGGAGUGUUACGAGGAGCUGUGCUCUCUGGAGGAGGCGGCCGAGAUCUUCCAGAGCAAAGAGAAAACGAUGGAGUUCUGGUACAGAUAUCGGAACGGUAACCUGUGUCGCUUUAACCCGUGUGUGAACGGAGGGAUCUGCAGUGAGAGUCGAGGUGUUCACGAGUGUCUCUGUCCUCCACAGUACAGCGGACACAACUGUCAGACAGAGGUGUUUGACUGUAGGUAUAAGAACGGAGGGUGUCUGCACUACUGCAGCUCAGAGCAGACUCCAGGUGUUGUGUGCAGAUGUGCAGACGGGUAUCAGCUGGAUGAAGACCAACGCAGCUGCAAUCCAUCAGUGCAGUACCCCUGUGGGAAACAGUGGAGUGGUGGGAUCAUGUCUCGCUCUCUGGAUGAUAUAAGCACCACAGAUCCUGAUGAUGUAAACCACACCCACACCGUGACAAACUCCUCCCACUCAUUGCAUCACAACAGAAGUUCACUGGACAACUCGACUCUCCCGCCAAACCAAACCACACUUCAACAAGCCGAACCUGCUUCACAGGACGAGCUCUCAGAGACAGGAAGUGACAUCACAGGUGCAAAUGAGGAUACGCGUAUCGUUGGAGGUCAGCUGCAGAGUCAGGGCGGGAGUCCGUGGCAGGUUCUUCUCCGUCGUGAGGAUGAGCAAGGGUUCUGCGGCGGCUCUCUGAUCGAUCUGCGCUGGGUGGUGACGGCAGCACACUGUCUCCAGCAAACACCAAACCAUGUGACCGUCGGAGACUACGAUAAAAUGCGUCCCGACAAAGACGAACAGAAGAUCAAAGUGGAGAAGGUGGUCCUCCACCCUCACUUCCACGAAUACACCUUCGACAGUGACAUCGCUCUGCUGUACCUGUCUGCCCCCGUGACCCCGGGUCCAUUCGCCGCUCCGGUUUGCCUUCCAGACGCCAACCUGGCGGAGCGACUCCUGAAGCCUGGAGAGCAGGGCCUGGUGACGGGAUGGGGUGCGACUCGCUUCCUUCAGCGCUCCUCUCGAUUCCUGAGGAAGGUGCUGCUCCCGGUGGUGGAUCAGAUGAACUGCAUCAACUCCACGGAGCAGGUGAUCACGGAUAACAUGUUCUGCGCGGGAUAUCUGAUGGCGGAGAUGGACGCGUGUACGGGCGACAGCGGCGGACCCUUCGUCGUCAACUACCGCGGCACGUGGUUCCUGGCCGGGGUCGUCAGCUGGGGCGAGAGAUGCGCGGCCGAGGGCAAAUACGGCGUUUAUACACGACUGGGAAACUAUUUAUCCUGGAUACGGGAGGAGAUGAUGAAAGAGGAAUCCAGACGCAAUCAGACUGCAAAAGUACAGUGAAUAUUGCCACCUAAUAUGCAUUAACUAACGAUGAGCUAUUACA